CCAGCAUCUAUCCCAAGAAAAAAAAAAGUCAUGUCCAGCAUCAGGCAAGGCAAUAGGUUAGCACUUCUAACAUUUUUUCUGACCAGUUUAAAGGUCAAUGUUGCAUUUCCCAAUUCGUCGCCAAUUAUAAAUUCAGGAUGGGGAAGCCCAGACCGACUGAUGCACCUGUACACAGCUACCGAAUGGAACAGCUUCCAUCUUCAGAUCAACCAUGACGGCCACAUUGACGGAUCUCCUCACCAAACCAUUUACAGCGCUUUAAUGAUUAGAUCAGAAUCUGCAGGCAAAGUUGUUAUUACAGGAGUCAAAAGUGGACGUUACCUGUGCAUGGACAGAUUUGGCAAUGUAUUUGGAUCACACUAUUUCAGCGAUGAUGACUGCAUCUUCAAGCAUGAAACUCUUGAAAACCGCCAUGAUGUCUACCAUUCACCAAAGCACAACUACUUGCUAAGCCUGAAGAAGCCAAAACAUUUUUUCCGCCCAGGAAUGGACUUGCCUCCCUAUUCCCAGUUUUUGUCUAUGGAGAACCAAAUCCCAAUCACCAGAUUUAUCACUCCCGAGCCUGUUCGACACACAAGAAGUGCAGAUCUGUAUCCAGAUCCUCUUAAUGUAAGUAGAGGGAAAAAACCCACUCUGAAUUACCCAACACCCAAGGAUGCUCAAGAUGUCAAGCCUUCUGACCCUCAAGAGCCUUUAAGACCUAAUAAAAAUGAAAAGGAAGACCCUGAAGACCCAAGAGGUGUUAUUAUCACAAGGAAAGAAAAUCCACGUGAAUAUUUUUAUAAGAGGACAUCCCAACUCAGUGGCUUCAACUGAUACAAAUGCUUCACAAAAAUCUAGCAUAGGUACUAUACCUUUGAAGGAAAGUCGUUAAAACCCUCAUCCUUUAUUUUUAUGAUACCCCACAGUUGAAGUAGAGCACAACUGCAAAUCUAUACAUUUUCCCCAGUAGGGUCCUCUUCUGUUAAAGUGGUUGUCUCAUUUUAGGGCAAAUAGAUGUCAUGAGAAGGCCCCCAUCUUGGGACCUCUCUAUGAAUCUGAAUGGCCACCAUCUAAAACUAUGUUUUUGACUGGCCUUGGGGAGCCAGAUCUACGCCAAUCAACUGAUUCCAGUGGUGGCUCUAAACAGACAACCCCUUUACUGCAAAACUAGGUAAAUUUGACUUUAGAAUCUUAGAAACCUGGAUUAAUGUGGCAGUUAAUGGAAGUCAUAUUGGUAAUAUCUUGUUUUGCAGGCCGCACUGCAUAAUUAGAUUUGCCAUUCAGGAGUUCAGGAGAACUGAGAAAAACAAUAAGAAAUCUACCCAUUUAAGAAGCAAUAUAGAAGUGAGUAAUGUGUCACUGUAAAAACAAAUUUGUCACAAAGAAGUCAAGGAAACUGGUUGACAUUUGACAACCAAUAUGGGCGUCGUCAUGGUGGCCAUAUUGGUUGUCCUUUAGCUUUCUAAAAACACAUAAAACUAGAAAACAGCUAAAGAGAAUUAUCUAUAACUUUACAGAAGAGCUCAAUUCAAUGAAUAAUUUUGAUGGGGUUCUGUAAUUAUGAAUAGUGAGUGGAAGGUGCUCUACUUCCACAUAAAGACUUACCUAUAAAAUAGACAUAAAACUGAUAUUUGUAUUUAGAUCACUUGAAGCCACAGUAACAUUUGAUGGAUGUUUAUUUGGGGGUAAAUAUUCUUUAGCCUUUAAAAUUGCACUACAUUUUUAUGGAGGAACACCCUAGGCCUUGUGUAUGAACUGUUUGAGAGAAAAAGUUGUCUUGUUGUCUAUACUAACCUAUCAGAGCUAAGUUUAAAGUUUCUAAAUUGCACUGGAAAAAUGA